CAGCACACAAUUUCCGCGUGCGCGAGACAUUUCCGCUCCUCCCUCCUCGACCCCAGUCUGCCGUGUCCCGUUUUGUUUCCCCUGCUGUCUUGUUGCCGUUACAAGCUUGUCAGGGUUUGGUUUUCCCUUGCAAGCCGGCGGCGCGCGGCAGGGGCGCGGCCUCCAUCCCCACGCCCACCCUUACGUUCCGGCUGCUCCGGCCCGCCCCCGGGCCGCCGCGGGAGGUGGUAACGCCGGGAGCUGGGCCGCCGUCGCUGGGCAACCAUCGCCCUCGCAAGCUCAGGUGCUCUCGCAGGCCACCGGCUACUGGAGCUCGCUCCAUUGCGUUUUUUUCGUGCACGGAGGUCGUCGUGGUUGUUGGUUUCUACUUGCAAGUGGGAUUUGUUAAAUUUCUGAAAUGACAGAAAGUUGGAUACAAAACUGGAAGCACACUUCAGCUCCUGAAUCAGUUUCUAGUUCAGUUUCUAGACAUGAAGCAUCAACAGCAAGAAGAUCAAGGCAAAGAAACAUUUUUGAUCUAUUAGCUCAGCGGGAGGUCUCACCUCGAACAAAACACCAAGCUAAAACUCAGUGGACCAAAACUCCAAGAUGUGAUACUGGUUCCACUGAAUUAGAAUUUUGGGUUACAGAUGCUCAGCACGAUCUCCUUUAUUGGGCAGAAUCACAGUCCUUGCACUGCUGGUGUGCCAAAUAUUGCCCUCUUGUGCCUGCUUCAAGGGCAACCAUUGCAGCUGCGUUCAGUCCAGAUGGAAGAGUCCUUGCAUCUACGCAUGGUGACCAUACCGUUAAAAUAAUCGACUACCAAACUGGGAAAUGUUUGAAAGUAUUGCAAGGGCAUCAGCGCACUCCAUGGGUGGUUAGAUUCCAUCCUCUGCAUUCUGAUAUUCUUGCUAGUGGAAGUUUGGAUUGUGAAGUUCGUCUCUGGGAUGCUAAAACAUCACACUGCACUACAGUACUUGGCUUCUAUAGGCCAAUUGCGUCAAUUGCAUUUCAUGCAACAGGGGAGCUUAUGGCCGUUGCAUCAGGUCACAAAUUGUUCAUAUGGGACUACAAUAGCAGAGCUUUGGACCCUCCAAUGAUACUAAGAACACGCCGUUCACUGAGAGCUGUGCAGUUUCACCCCCAUGCUGCUCCAUAUCUACUUACAGCAGAGGUUCACGACCGUGAUUCUGAAGAUUCAACAAUGACCCCUGCACUUCUGAAAAAUUAUGCUUUCAGAGACAUACCUCUCCUUGGCAGUUCUGGGGUAGAUAACUUGAUUAGUGAACUACCAUACACACAUAAUUUUGAGCAUGUUGGUGCUUCAUCAUCAGUUCCAGUCAAUGCUGAUAGUUUUGAUGGGUCAAUGACCUCUGUACCUGGGGUUGGGGGCUCCCUUCUUGGUACUCAUGCUGUCUCAUUUGGUGUUGGGUCAGAGCGAGCUACCUCUCUGCUUGAUAAUGGCACUGAAUUACCUUGUGCGGUGAAACUAAGAAUAUGGCGUCACAACAUCAAGGAUCCAUUUAUUGCAUUAGAGCCUGAGGCAUGCCUCUUGACAGUUCCUCAUGCCGUACUUUGCAGUGAAAUGGGUACCCAUUUUUCCCCCUGUGGACGAUUUUUGGUUGCUUGUGUUGCAUGUGUGCUGCCACAAAGAGACGGUGACCAUGGAAGUCAAUUGCAUGACAAUUAUGAUUCUACUGGGGCUGGAACAUCACCAACUCGUCACACACUUCCCUCUCGCCAAAUUGUAUAUGAGCUUCGGGUCUAUUCACUUGAGAAGGCAACGUUUGGGACAGUUCUUGCAUCUAGAGCAGUAAAGGCUGCUCACUGUUUAACUUCCGUCCAGUUUUCACCUACAUCAGAACACAUACUAUUGGCAUAUGGUCGGCAACAUAACUCACUGUUGAGGACCAUUUUAAUUGAUGGGGAGACGAGAAUUCCUUUGUACAGAGUCUUGGAGGUAUAUAUGGUUAACUUACUGUAGAACAUAUCUUGGUUGCUAAUUAAUAACUAAUGGCAGGAACAACAAUGCCUCCCAAGCAAGUUGGGGUGUAUAGAGUUUCAGACAUGGAGCUUGUAAGAGUUCUUCCUAGUGCUGGAGACGAAGUCAAUGUUGCAUGUUUUCAUCCUUCCCCUGGAGCAGGUCUUGUUUAUGGGACUAAGGAAGGGAAGCUUAGGUUUCUUCAACACAACAGUGCAAGCAUGGGCUUGAAUUCCUCUGCUGGGGACAAUAUUCAUGACUCAUGAGAUUUAGAGGCAUGUGCUGUAAAUUUAAUUCUGGGCAUAUUAACUGCACCUCUGCAUCACAUGCUUACGUUGCUGAACCUUCUCUUCAUAACUGCUUUCACAACGUCCUGGAAGAGGAACUCGCUUAUUAGGGAGACUCUCAUCUCUCCAAGAGGGCCUAACAGGAAAAAACAGAUUUCAGCCUCCAAGUACUCUGAUUAACGCGCAAUCCUUUGCACCUUUAGUUACAAUUAACAAGGAUGCAUAGACACUCUGCAAAACCUUGGUACUGGCGACGAGAGCUGCUAUGUGUAAGAAGCCCCAUCUGUAUGUGUAAACAACAUAGAAGAAAUUGCUCUCAUGCAGCAUGAGUUACUAAUGGAGUAAUGGUUGACAGUGUAUGGAUGCGAGUUAUAUACUGAUACCUGGCAUCCGGGAGAAGCAACGAACUGAUGUGAAAUCUUGCUAUGCAUGUUUUGCUUUAAUUGAUUCUAGCAGGCUUUUUUGAAAUCUUGCUGUGCAGGAGUAAUAGAGAUGGGAACAAAGGAAAAGAUAAAACUUGUACCUCAAGUUAAAUCAUUUCUAGAAGUUAUGUGGAACAUGCUAUUCCAAUUCCUUAUAUUAGGAUUUUUUUAGUUCCAAACGAUUCAUGGGGAAUUUUACUAUAGGGUUCAAUUCAUU